AAGCUUAAUUCCAGGAGUCUACGAAAGUGAAGAGAGGAGGGUUGCCUUUUCCUUAAUCAUGGAAACGGAGAAAAAAUCAGAAAUAGCAGCUGAAAGGGAUGAUAGAAUUAACAAUAUAUCCCUAUAUAGGGCCUUGGUGAAGGGUGAUUUGGAAAUUGUGAAAGAAUUACUGGAUAAACAUCCGGAUGCAAUAUACAAUAAGAUUUCCACAAUAGGGGAAAUACCUAUUCAUAUUGCUGUUUCGCACGGGCACCAGGAGGUGGUGACGGAGCUACUUAUCAGGAUGAUGACUAUGAAUCGUACGAGUAGUUUGGAUGAUGAAAAGCUAAGCAUAAGAGAUGAAAAUGGUGACACACCACUUCAUAUUGCUGCCAGGGGAAAAGCGAACACCACAAUAGCGAAUGCAUUAGUUCACCACUUACCCACGCUCCUACCAUUGGGAGAUGCAUAUGGACAGCUGGCAAUCACCCUCGCCGCAAUUUUCGGCAACUGGGAAAUGUUGAAGUUUUUAAGAAAUCACGGCUUGGGAAUUGCCAUGCAUCGUCAUUCCGACAGUCAUGAUCCGAAAUGGAUUAUUUUCACCGAAUUUAUUAAGAGCGAGAAUUUUGGUUUUGCACGGCAGAUCUGGUCCAGCGGGGAAUCGGAAUUGAUGAUUUUUGAAAAAGACUUGUAUAUAAUGGCAGAGAUGGUCUCUGUAUUCUCAGAUGCAAAUCAGCUCACAAAUUUUGAAAGAUGGAUGUCCAACUGUUAAUGUAUGCAUGUGCUAUACUCUACCCUUAAAAAGGAUAUGAAUGCUAUGGAUGCAAUGGAUGUGUUUACAAAUCCCAAAUCUCCUUCCAAAUCCAAACGCUUCAUCAAAGUGCGCCGUCUUCUGAAAGGAUCGAUAUUAAGUGUUCUUAAAGCAAUAGGUAUUGAAAAAAUAUUGAGUAUGAGGCUAAAAAACAACCAAGCCCGUGAGCUACUCAGCAAAAUGUGUUCCCCAAUGUGGACUUUUGAUUCGAAACAUGUUCAAGUAUACCUUGAGGCAAUAAAAAGAGCCAUCAAAUGUGGGAAUGCAGAGUUUGUUGAGGAGGUCCUGAGGUCGAAUCCUGCUUUGAUAUGGGGGAAUAAGGAGAAUAAGGAAAGAGGAAGCAUAUUUCACAUUGCAGUUGCUUUCCGCCAGGAGAAAAUAUGGAACCUCAUAUAUGGAUUAAAUACCGAACAUAGAAACAAAAUCAUUGGAACUCUGGUAGAAACAAACAACUUGCUACAUAUAGCUGCAUGCCCAAUGGUAAUGUCUGAAACAAUAGGAGCUCCAGAUGAAGCUUCAAAACAGCCGAUGCAAAGAGAACAACAGUUCUGGAAGGCAUUCAGUGAGGCUCCAGGUACAGCUAUGAAAGUGCAGAGAGAACUACAAUGGUAUAAGGAAGUGGAGAGGAUGGUACCAUCUUCAUACAGAAUUCUUGCAAACAAUAAAGGAGAAACUCCUCCAGCUUUGUUCUCGAAGUGGCACUCUGAAUUAGUCAAAGACGGAGAAAAAUGGAUGAGAGAUACAGCAACAUCUUGUACAAUUGUGGCCACUCUCAUUGUUACUGUUGUAUUUGCUGCAGCUUUAACAUUACCGGGUGGUAAUGCUGAUGAUGAUCCAGAGCAACCAGAGCACCCAAGGUCAUUGCAUUCAGGGGAUCCCAAGUUCCUAUGGCGAACCUCCUUUAUGGCUUUUGUUAUAUCAGAUGCGUUAUCUCUAUUCUCUUCAGUAACUUCAGUGUUAAUGUUCUUGAGCAUACUCACUUCACGCUUUGAGGAGAAAGACUUCCUUGAGGCAUUACCCAAGAGAUUGAUAAUUGGUCUUGCUACCCUUUUCUUGUCUAUUGCAGCCAUGAUGGUAACUUUUGUUGCCACUCUUGUUAUGGUACUUCGCCGACGAAUAGAAUGGGCUGCUGCUCCUGUUGCUUUGCUUGCUAGUGUCCCAGUAACCUUAUUUGCUUUAUUGCAAUUUCCCCUGUUUCUUGACAUGGUCUCAUCUACCUAUGGACGUGGUAUCUUCAAUCGGAAAACAAAAUGUUCCUUCUUCAACAACCCAAAUAACUAUUUUCCUCAAAAAAAGAAGUGAUUCCUUUGAUGUAUAAUUAAUAUGCAAUGACUGUGGUGGUAUGAUGUAUGUCUGUUAUUUGUACUUGUAAUUUUACGAUUGAUGCUUAAAGCAGAAUAAACAGUUUGUCUGUUAUGUGUGUU